ACCAUCUACCAACGAGGGAGGAAAGUAUAUUUUCUAUUAGCGAACGUCGAGUAGCGUAUUUUGAAAAACGCACGGAAGAAUCCACAUCGAGGACGAAGAAAAGAGUGAAAGCCGAAGCAGCGACACUAUCGAUCGUUAUUAGGCUUUUAUUAGACGGAAGUAUCGCCGAUAGCUCCCGCAAAGGGAACAUCUACACAGGGGGUCGUGUUAACUUAAGUGAAAAUAUCACCAAGAGGUCCGUCAGGGGCUGACCACCUCCUUUGCCUUAAUUCCCGUACGAUCCGUCACAGAGUCUGAUCGGGCCGCUGCGAGAAACAGGAUGUUCUUUAUUCUCUCGUCCUUCGUUCCUCGUGUUUCAUCGAUUUCGACCAACAAAGAUGUCCCGUUUUGCAAAGGAUAGUCAGUGAAAUUUACGUGAUCGACGGUCGUGUAGUGUAUUUAGCGGGGUAAAAGGAUCUUCUCGAGAGAACUUUUCGAUAUAAUGAACUGUGUUUGCGGUCUUGUUCGAUGGUAAUGUUAGAUUACGAAAGUGUUUCACGGAGCUUGUUGCAUGCUGGAAGACGAAACUCGUUGGAAAAUUAUCGAACAAUCGUGGCUGGAAUGCAGAACGGCGUUCUACAAAUUCCAACUUCCGAAGCUUGAUAAUGGUCUGACCGGAAGGGCUUAAGCGGCACGCCGGAUGCCGCGCCGGUAUAUCGCGUGGAUAAUGAUAUCCUGCGUGUAGCUACACGUCACGGCUCUGUGAACAGGAUCUGCAAAUAUCGUAGAAAUUGCGCACCAACGAAUUUCGCUACUCUCUUUUUUCUACCGACGUUUGGUACAUUUUUUGGAAACUUUUUUAAAAUCGACGAAAAUAAUUAUAUUGUUGUCUAUUUUACAACUUUUUAUAUCAACGAUCGGUCGCUGAAUCGUCGAAACUGUUCGAAUAGGAAGAAAAAGUAAAUCAAAAUGGAGGCUCGUGAAAAAUCCACCGAAUGGGCUCUACUAUUCCCUCUGAAAGCAGGCUUAUUCGCGAUGAAGUCCUCCUUGUCUUCAAAGAGCGUGCACCGCGAGAAAGAACGAAUAGCCAAGAAGAAUCAAUUAUUGAAGUCGAGAAUUCGCCGUGGAUCUUCUUUGUCGGACUUGGACAAGCUGCAGUGUAAACCAGUGCUACCAGACGUGAUUAGAUCGACGGAGAAAUGUUCCGAGUCUCUGCCACAUUCGCCAGCUUUGUCAAGAGCGAACCUCCAACUGGGAAAUUUGUACGUGAGGGACAGCAUAGGCGAUCUGAUGAACAUGAAAAGGUAUGGCGCGUCCACGUGGAGCGUUAGAAGCGAAAGUUUGAUCGCAAAAGUGGUGCCGUUGAGUACGGUGACCCCGAGGCACAGUCCGCCGAUGGAAAAGAGCAUGGAGGACCUCGAGGACGAAAUACAGGACGACUUUCAUGUAUCCGACAAGCCUCUAACUUGUGCUCAAAGAACGCAGAGGCUCAGCAAACUCAUCAAGAAACACAGACGCAUCAUGGUCUUCAGUCCUAGAAGCCUGAAGCGAGAUCUCGUAAGUUAA